AUGUCCUCAACCAAACGUCUUCGUCUCGAUGAAGUCGUCACGUCAUUCCCAGAACUAGGACCCACGGUUCCUGAUGGUGGUUACGCAUGGAUUGUUCUUUGUGGAGUACUUUUAGUCCAAAUGACUAUUCCAAGCAUACUAGCGAUGUACGGGGUAGUCCUGGAAUAUAUUCGUGAAACUAAAUCUACUGAUUUUGACGUAUGGGAUGAAAAAAUUAUUUUGACGCCUAUAUUGUUUACUGCCUUCUGGAAUCUAGCAGAUCCUUGGACAAAGAUGGUUGUGAGUAUGGCAUCAAUUCCACGUUUGGUAGGCAUAAUAGGAGUGCUUCUCCUGAUAAUUGGAAUUAUAGCAUCCGGAUAUCUUGCAACUGGUGGAGUUGGUGCUUAUUUAGCCAACAGUAGUGCAGGUGCAGUAAUGGGCAUAGGCGCCAGUUUUGUCACAUUACUGAGUGACUAUAUUUUGAGGAAGUACUUCAGAAGAAAGCUUCUUGUAGCCUUGAUGUUGAAAAACGUUGCAGUCUCUUUCGGUCUUUUGCUUAUUCCAAAUAUUACAAAUUUGUUGUUAUACGAAGCUCAACUGAAAACUGGUUUGCAACUAAUAACUAUUAUGUUAUUGCCCACUGCGUUUGGAACAUUGACUUUUCGGCUGCCUUCUUCGCAACAAACUUCUCCUUACAGUUUACUUUUAUCAACCGAGGAAGAUACUGAACUUCCUAUAAAAAUCUCUUCCAACGUUCAUAAGGAUUCAAAUGGUCAAGAUAACGUAGAAAAUUUUGAAUAUGAUCAACCUGAUGAAAAGACACAUGGAGCAGGAUUACUAAACGAAGGAAAUAAUAUUUAUGCUUAUGAGGAUUUAGAUGAAGAUGUGGACCUAUUUGUAAAUCCAGUGGUCCGUUUGGAUAAGAAAUGGCAGUAUCAACUCCGAAUUCUUAAGAAUUUCCGAUUUUGGGCUGCAAUAACUGGCUGGGUUGGAAUGAAAGUGUCAACUCUUUUCUUCUGGCUCUUUUUACCCAUCUUAAAUAAUGAAAGUGUGAUUCUUCAACAUAAUUACGUUUGGAUGUCUUUGUCCAUUAUGGCUGGCUUCAGCACCUUUCUACCAAAUCUUAUUAGUUACAAAGCACUAAAAUUUACAAAUCAGAAUAGAAGAUUAUAUUUUGGUACAGCGUCUUGGUUUAGUGGUUUAGUUCAUGUAAAUAGCUACUUGUGGAUGAUAAUUUUUAUUAUCCUGGGUAGUGUCAGUAUUAGCAGUUUAACAAGUUGUCAAGACUUGCCUUUAUAUGAUGUUCUUGGAUCUGAAAUGGUUCGUUCCAUUCACAAAGGAUUUUCAACUAUCACAGGUUUAUGCAUUCUCGGCUUUUAUUUCAUACACGACACAAACCUUUGUUUGAGUCUCGCGGCGCUUUUACAAUUUCUCGGUGGACUUUACUGGAUCUCGUCGCCUACUUUGAACUUAAUUAAAGCCAGUCGUUACAGAUCUCACACAAUAAACAGAGAAAGCAGAGACGAGACAUGA